AUGAAUACCUCGUAUUUCGGCGGACCAAGAAACCUUAAUGGGACUUAUCCAAUGCACCGAGUCAACUCCAUGUUUUAUGACCUCCACCACCAGAUGGCAGAACAAUACCAAAUUCAUGCAACUGGUAGCCCGUCUUCAGCGCAAACGUUCUCUGUGGCCGAGCGUCUGGCAGAGCUGAUUCUUGAAGCACGCUAUGGGAACCAGCAGAAGCAACGCAGAAGUCGCACAGCCUUCAGUGUGUCCCAGUUGCAGGCCCUGGAAAAAGCCUUCCAGCAAACCCAGUACCCGGAUGUUGGCAUGAGAGAGAGAUUGGCAGUCUGCAUUAACCUUCCAGAGGCUCGCAUUCAGGUGUGGUUCAAGAACAGACGUGCCAAGUUUCGUAAAGGUCAAAGAAUUCCUCCCUACGCGAAAGAACACAGUUUAGAGGACCAAGACAACAAGAAAGAAAAGGAAGAACUCAAAACCAAAGACAAGGGCUCUAAAAUUUUACUUGAGCCAUCUUCAGUUAGGGACAAUGAUGACAGUCCUACCAUUUCUUAUCCUGGAAAAACCACUUACACCCAGUCAAACGCUAGACUACAUUCUCCGGCUGUUUUUCCAUUCAUAUUUGGGGAGCACUACCAUCUUUCACAUCACCACACUCUAAGCACGCUGUCAUCAAGUUUACCCUUCCCCUCUGCUUUCCUUCCCAUUAUGCAUCGACACAACACUGUGGCUGAUAUCAUGCCAGUGGGUAAAAGCAGUCUUUCGCUUCUGACUGCUGGUCAAACUAAAUCUGCAGUUCACCCUUGCCUGGAUUUCUAG